AUGGGAGGCUCUCAAAGUACGCGAAAAAUAACUGUAGACAACGAGAAUGCAAUUCAAGUUUCUCAGGAAGCAAUAAACCGGAUACAAGAGCAGCUGUCUGCCAAACAAGCUGAGCAGCCUCAGUCACCUCCAAUACAAUAUGCUCCCCCACCAAAUUACGAGUCGCAAAAACGUCAACAUGACAAUGCAGCUGAAGAAGCAUAUUGGGCAAGGCGAAUUGAAAAUCUAAAGAGAGCACAUGAAAAGAUAAAUAGUGGCAUGCAAAUAGAGUACCAGAAAACUUUAAAAGAAGCUAAUGACCUAUUCAAUUUAGUACAAGCAAACAAAGUUGCAAAUAAAUUACCACCAUGUCAAGAAGAAAAGGCAAAGGUGCUAGAAUGCUACACUUCUAAUCCGCAGAAGUCUCUUGCGUGUUCAGUGAUAGUGAAUCAAUUUAAUGACUGUGUAUGCAAGAGCCGAAUUGCUGCAGUGUCAGCGUCAUCU